AUGGUGGAGAGCAGUGGUUGAAACCAGGUCUGAGGAAGUAUUCCUGUGAAGUCAAACUGGACAUGAACACAGCGAACAGAAACCUCGUCCCGUCUGAGGACAACAGGAAGGUGACAUGGAUGAAAGAGGAGGAGCCAUAUCCUGAUCACCCAGAGAGGUUUGACAAAUGGAGACAGAUCCUGUGUCAAGAUGCUCUGACUGGUCGCUGCUACUGGGAGGUCGAGUGGAAGGGAGAGGUUUCUAUGGCGGUGACUUACAGAGGAAUCAACAGGAAAGGGAGCAGAGAUGAUUGUGUUCUUGGAUAUAAUGACAAGUCCUGGAAUCUGACCGGCUAUGAUGGUGGUGGUUUCUCUGCCUGGCACAACAACAUCAGAACAGCCAUUCCCGUCCGCUCCCCCUCUAACAGAGUGGCAGUGUAUCUGGACUGGCCUGCUGGCUCUCUGUCCUUCUACAGCGUCUCCUCUGACACACUGAUCCACCUCCACACCUUCAACUGCACCUUCACUGAGCCUCUGUACCCGGGGUUCAGGAUUUGGGAAUCUGGCUGCUCGGUGUCUCUGUGUGACAUUUGAGGAGUGAAAGUCGCCUCCUGUGGAGAAACACUCACACUGCUGAUCAAAGACAUCUGCUGACAUGAUAGCUCCACACACACACACACACACACACACAUGCACACACACACAGUAAACAGUUGUUGCUUCAUGUAAAAACCUGAUUUACCCAACUUGAUUGUACAACUUGAGUGUGGCGUUCAUGUGCGUCUUCCUCUUGGGAAACAUGAGUAUCCCAUAAACCCCACCCCCACAUGAAUGGGCCUGAACUGAGCGCAGCUGUGGGAGUCCAUGGGAGUCGUGGAGAGCGGCCAGCGGCGCCACAGAGCAUCAAGCCCCUGGGUCAUCCCUCGGUCCACCUGCUCCCUCACCAGAGUCCCACACGCCACCACCAGCCUCUCCUCCAACCACGCUGGUUGUUUGUGAGUUGAUUUUGAGAAAUACUAAGUAAAGCUGUGCGGUAACCCCAGUAGCGGUUUUAGGCACGGGCGA